CCUCUCGAAAUAGGCGUAAGUGAAGACGACAAUUUUGUUGCGACUGUGCUAACCGCUGUGAUCCCUGAAGAACCCCGGUGAAUCGUUGUCAUUUCAGAUCACCUCAGCAGUCCGGUGACACACCCCCUGUGAAAAGCCUCGCUUGGAUGGUCAAUGGCCGUGAGACUUCGGCGCACGGGGAUGAGAGGAGAGCAGGUGCUGCGCUCCUGGCUGCGGACUCAGUGACUCUCUCUUUGGGCUCAGGAUGGCGCAGGGAGGGCCUCAGUUGGACUAUCACAUACUGCAGGACCUCAAGCAGCGCUUCCCAGAGAUUCCAGAGAAAGUAGUGUCUCAGUGCCUUCUUCAGAACAACAAUAACCUGGACCUCUGCUGCCAUCUGCUGGCUCAGGAGAGUAAUAGAUACCUGUAUGAGGAGUACCACAGCCCAGAUGACUUGCACUUAAACCGGAACCACAUGCUGCGCAUUAGUGUGGGUUACCCUGCUACUGAAGGGGUUAAAAAUAAUGCUGGUGGCCGAGCUUUGGUCCACAGUUCCAGCGACGGGCACAUCAAGCAUCCUCGAAGUGGUUUCCCCGAGCCCCUCUCCGCCCCAGCUACUAUGGUGCCGUCACCCGGCUUCAACCCCUUCUUCAUGAACGAUCAAGGACGCUCGAACAUCCCCACCCCUCCACCCAGCAUCCAGGGCAUGUCGCCCACAUACCACCCUGUCCCAUGUUACAUGCCUCCCAUAACAGUUACCCUCUCCCAGAACAUCCCAUCUGCCCCACAAGCGCUGCAGAUCCCCCCUGGUGCCUAUUGUAACAGUGGGAACACCAUGUACAUGCGUCCCUCACCGUCUCAAAGUCCUCAACCCACUCCCUGGUCCACAUCUGGGACAUCUGUGUACCAGCAGUCUCCUUACGCCACUCCGACAUACCCAUCCCCGUACAGUUCUCCCCAACAUCAGGUCCAGCAGCCGCCCCAGGUGUUUCUGCCCAUAAGUCCCCCCACUCUCCCUGGGCUGUCCUACCAGCAGCCGCCAGUUUCCCACAGGCCUUUUAUGUCCUCCAAAGGCCCUAUGAAGAACCAGAUAGAGAUCACACUGGAGGGACAACGACCACGGAGUAACUCCCCUGUACAUGCUCCGCAGGGAUCGCUCUAUAUGGCCACCAGCCCUUCCCCGAGCUCCCCGUCCCGGGCCAUUAGUAUGACCGGACCCCCCGGGGCCUCCAUUCAUCAAGGAAUUUAUGUCCACCAGGGUGUGGCAAGGCCCCGGCCCACAUCCUCUCCUCAGCCGGCCACCUCUGCGUUCAUCAAGAUCAAAAUGUCCCCUGGGCAGGUGCAGCGUUCCUCAAGUUCUCCACCAGUUAAGACAGAAUCCCUCCUCAAUAUAGUGGACCAGGGCGAGCGCCACGCCGCCCCUCCUCCAAUCCUGCCCAUCUCUGCCCUGCCAGGGAACAUCUCGAGUCAGAUCAACCGCAUGCCUAGACGAUCCAGCUCCGGCUCGGAUGACUAUGCAUAUACUCAAGCGCUGCUCCUGCACCAGCGUGCUCGGAUGGAGCGUCUGAUGAAAGAACUCAUGCUGGAGCGUCAGAAACUGGAGCAGUUGAAGGCGGAAGUGAAUGAAAUGGAAUUUGACGCCCUGCAGAGACGCUUCAGACGGGUGAACAGCACCAGCCUGAUCCCUCGGCCAGAGGAUAUGACCAGAAUUCGGUCGCAAAACAGACAGCUCCAGAUUGACAUUGAUUGCACCUUGAAGGAGACAGACCUGCUGCAGUCCAGAGUUAAGCCUCCGGUCGUACAAAGGGACGAGGAUUUUGAAGGCGCUCAGUGGAACUGUGAAAGCUGCACUUUUCUUAACCACCCCGCGCUGCACCGCUGCGAACAGUGCGAGAUGCCACGCAACACUUGAGCCGGCUUCACCGCGACCCUUCCCGACAGGCCAUGAACCUCACUCUUCCUACUAAUCUUCUGUUCCAUCAUGCAAAGUUCAAAUCCCACCUAUCAUUUGCCGAUUUCUGUCCCUUGUGCCCUCAGCUUCACCCAGCAAUAACUGAGCCGUACCCCACAGAAGAAGAGACAACUAGUCUAGUAAAAUAUUAUCCAAUCAGAAGCACCCUGUGUUACCUCUUGAGGAGCUUCCUGCACUUGUAUUUACUUUUUACUUUUUUUUUUUUCUACUGAAAGAUGCUUUAAAAGAGGAAGUAGGGUGACUUAACAGAAACAAGGGAUUGAUUGAUUGGCGCUGGAGUGGACUGAGAAGGCGUGGUUUUAGGAAAGGGUGGAGCUUCCAGAUCUUGAGGAGGUGUGGUUUACCAAGCUACCAUUCCAAGCAGAAUAAGACUGCCGGCGUUUACACGGAAAAAGCCCCAAACAAUCCCGCAUACAGGGCUUCUCUCACAACAUGAUAAAUGUAUUGAGAUAAGCAGGGGGGUGAAUCAUUUUAAUGUAGACUUUACACUGUAUGUGCUCACUAUGAGUUCUUUCAUGAAUGAAGAACACUACAAGACCUGCAUAUGAACCUAUACCUGGUACUUUUAUGCAUAUGCCACACUGUAUUCUGUGUUUAAGAUGUUGAUUUACUGUGCAAAUGCCUCAAGUUGCUGUACUUAAUAAAGGAUCUGAUUCUAUGUGA